AGACAGCUGCACGGAGCGGGGCCGGGCCGCCAGCGCCUGGAGCCUCGCUUGUCCCUUCUGUGCAGUGGGGACAGUCGUGCUGCCCUGCUGAAAGGUGUUUUAGGUAAAGCUCCUCGCUCAUCGCAGAUGCCUCGAAAAGGGUAGCUAAUUUUUGUAAAUAACCCCCUUUAAGGACGUGCUUGCUAAAGGCCUUCCGGGUUCAGGAAGCAAAAUUAGGCCAGGUUGGGGGCAGGGAGUCCUAUUUAAUGCCGAGCCUACGGCGAGACCCGCUCGGCCGCAGAGCUCCCCUUCGGCCCGGAGCGCGCGCAGGGGGAGGGCAUGGGGUUCCCGCUCAGCUAGGCCUGGGAACGGCGCCCCUCUCCAGCACCCCGGGAGCGCGCCCUGCCCGCCCCACCCCCGCUGCGGCUCCCGCGCACCCCGGCUCCGCCCGGUCGCAGGUCCGUGCGCUUCGGCCCUCGUCGCCCCGCCCCCUUCAGAGGCCCCCGGAUUUGCCCAGUGAUGGUGACGUAGAGGAGACUCGCGCUCCCAUUGGGAGACGGUGUUAGGCAGGAGCCAAUCCGGGCGCUGAUCCGGGGAGAAAUCUCGGAGCCGCGCUCGGCGGAUCCCGGAGGCCGCGCGGUGGGGACGCGACCCGGAACCGGCCGCGGCGGGAGAGCCGGGAGGCCCCUCAGGCCGGUGUUCGCGGCCCGGAGCGCGGCAGUGCGGACGAGAAGCCUCCGUGGGCGCAGCGCGGCCCCUCCCAGCCAAGGGCACCAUGGCCACGUCGGCCCCGCUGCGCAGCCUGGAGGAGGAGGUCACCUGCUCCAUCUGCCUCGACUACCUGCGGGACCCCGUGACCAUCGACUGCGGCCACGUAUUCUGCCGCAGCUGCACCACGGACGUGCGGCCGGCGUCGGGGGGCCGCCCCGUCUGCCCGCUCUGCAAGAAGCCGUUCAAGAAGGAGAACAUCCGGCCAGUGUGGCAGCUGGCCAGCCUGGUGGAGAACAUCGAGCGGCUGAAGGUGGAUAAGGACAGGCAGCCUGGGGACGCGGCCCGGGAGCCGCCGGACACCAGGCUGUGCGAGCGGCACCGGGAGAAGCUGCAUUACUACUGCGAGGACGACGGCAAGCUGCUGUGCGUCAUGUGCCGCGAGUCCAGGGAGCACAGGCCGCACACGGCCGUCCUGGUGGAGAAGGCCGCCCAGCCCCACAGGGAGAAAAUCCUGAACCACCUGAGUACCUUGAGGAGAGACCGGGACAAAAUUCAGGGCUCCCAGGCAAAGGGAGAAGCUGAUAUCCUGACUGCACUGAAGAAGAUCCAGGACCAGCGGCAGAACGUCAUGGCCGAGUUUAAACAGGCGCACGAGUUCCUGCGGGAGCGGGAGCAGCACCUGCUGGAGAAGCUGGAGGUGCUGCAGCAGGAGCUGGCGGAGGGCCGCGAGAAGUACAAGAGCAGGGGUGUCGCGGAGCUGGCCCGGCUGGCGCUGGUCAUCUCCGAGCUGGAGACCAAGGCGCAGCAGCCGGCUGCAGAGCUCCUGCAGGACACCAGGGACUUCGUGAACAGGUACCCACGGAAGAAGUUCUGGAUUGGGAAGCCCAUUGCUCGGGCGGUUAAGAAGAAGACGGGAGAAUUCUCAGAGAAACUUCAGUCCUUGCAGCGAGGCCUGAGAGAGUUCCAAGGGAAGCUGCUAAGAGACUUGGAAUAUAAGACAGUCAGUGUCACGUUGGACCCGCAGUCGGCGAGCGGGUACCUGCAGCUGUCAGAGGACUGGAAGUGUGUGACCUACAGCAGCCUCUACCAGAGUGCUUACCUGCACCCCCAGCAGUUUGACUGUGAGCCGGGGGUGCUGGGCAGGAAGGGCUUCACCUGGGGCAAGGUGUAUUGGGAAGUGGAGGUGGACAGGGAGGGCUGGUCCGAGGAUGAAGAGGAGGGCGAGGAGGAGGAGGAGGGGGAGGAGGAGGAGGAGGAGGAAGAGGAGGCGGGCUACGGGGACGGGUACGAGGACUGGGAGACGGAUGAGGACGAGGAGUCAUUAGGGGAGGAAGAGGAGGAGGAGGAAGAGGAGGAGGAGGUCCUCGAAAGCUGCAUGGUGGGGGUGGCCAGAGACUCUGUGAAGAGGAAGGGGGACCUGUCCCUGCGGCCAGAGGACGGGGUGUGGGCGCUGCGCCUCUCCUCUGCGGGCAUCUGGGCCAAUACAGACCCUGAGGCUGAGCUCUUCCCGGCGCUGCGGCCCCGGCGGGUGGGCAUCGCCCUGGAUUAUGAAGGCGGCACCGUGACAUUCACCAACGCAGAGUCACAAGAACUCAUCUACACCUUCACCGCGACCUUCACGCGGCGCCUGGUCCCCUUCCUGUGGCUCAAGUGGCCUGGGACUCGCCUCCUGCUGCGACCCUGAGCCCACUGCUGCUUCCCUUCUCGGGGAUUCCAGGACCGUGACAGGGAGGGGAUGUCUGGCUGCGGCACCUGGAGCAGGUGCACUCCCCCCACCGCCCCGAGGCUGUGGCCCCGCAAGGCUCGCUCAGUGCCGCCACUCCGUCCACACGGCUGCCGUCGGACUCGUCCCCCAGUGCCUGGGG